AUGAAUGUCAAGCGCGCCGAAUUCCUCCUGGGAAGUGGAAAUUAUUUCCACUGGGAGUUUAAUAUGAGGAUGACGCUCGCCAGGAAAGGGCUGCUGGUGCAUGUGGAGGUGGUCAAGGAGGAGAGCGACAUAAUAAAGCUUGGCUAG